UUUGCCCAGCCCUCCUCAUCGUCAGGAUGGGGGUAUGGCAAUUCGGUAAUUAUGCCCUCCCAUCUUUUUUGCCCUUGCAUGGAGAGGAUUCGGGCUUUCUAUAAAUUUCUUCUUGGUCCUCUCUACAUUUUGAAACGAAAGAAUGGCAUCGCACUCUGUCAUCUCGCCGCUUGAACCCAUGAGCAAAGAGAGUCUGAUAGCUCAGACUGAAAAGGACAUGUUCAAGGCCUUGGAGGAGAUGAAGUCAACAUUAACCGAUCAAGUUUUUAUGGAAAUUGAUAUACAUGAUGUCAUAAAAACCGUCGCUGAAGGUAUUGAAAAAAAUAAAAUUGCUGAUACUGAAGUAGUGCCCAUCCUAUGGGAUGCACUAAUGGAUACAAUUCUCUAUAUUGACGGCAGAGAGGAUCCGGUAUUAAUUGAGUGGCUUGUAUGGCAAAGGGUGUUAUCGUGGUCCCAACUUUUGAGUGUAUUUUGCAUAACUGAAGAGUGUGAACUUGAGCUGCUUAAGCAAGUCCAUAGACGAUCUAUCAAGGAGCAACGACUGCAAGGGUCGUUCGAGGAGGUUGUUGAUAUCCUAUACACAAAUGAUGUGCUUACCGCCCGUACUAUUCAUAACUGGUUCUAUUACCACAUAAGUGAGGUUGACAGGGAAGAAGCUUUUGUGAAAGAUCUAAAGCCAGUAGUCGAUUCAAUGGAGAAAAAAAUGUUGGAACUUGCAUUGCCAAGGGCAUGAUCGGAAAAUGCUGAGUAAAACGGAACAUAUUGUGUAUGUCAGAACUUAUCUUGUGCGUGUCGUGUCUGUGUGGUUCAUGUAACGAGUAGGAUAGCAUUAUUCCCUUGCUCUUUAAGAACCUCUUGAGUGAAGACGCAAUCGGUACCCUUCGUUUCUCCUUAAUUUUUGACUCCUGUUAAAUUGCGUAAGAGGAAAUUCUGUUUUAUGUUUGGUUU